GUUGAUAAAUAUUUUUAAGAAUUUUGUAAGUUAAUUAAGAUUUCUAAUUUAAGUAAACGUAUUAAAACUGUCUAGGGGUAAAAUUAGGAAAUAGUUUUCCCCCCAAAAUCGCGUAGUGUGGCCGCUCGCGGCAACAAGCAAAAUCAUCCCCAAUGUGACCGGGUAAUAAAGACAAUGCGUUAUGGGGAUUGAAGCUAGAAAGCCCCAAGAAAGAAACUAUCUGGGCACAUUUCAUUUUUCGUUUUGUUGCUUGGACGUGGCAGCCAUGACGUGAUUUCUGAGUUUUUGUUAAACCACUUACAUUAUUAACACUAGAAAAAACUGUAAUUUAGGGGAAUACGUGCAUUACUCGUCAUAGCGGCGGCUCCGUUUAGUGCAAAGAAAGAAAUCCAUGUAGAGUGAAAAUAGGAUCAAUAAGUAACAUAACAAUUACAAAAACGCAACGAAAUUGGAACAAAAAACGGAGCAGCAAUCACCGACAAGCAACAAUUACCAACAUCGCCUGAAACAAGUACGCAAAUAACAAAAAAAAAUGCAUAAAACCAAAACGUGAUUUUUGACUAAACAUAGUCACACUUUUGUAGACAAAUUGGACGCACACAGCAGCAGUGGAACCGCCGCAGCAGCUUACGUCCUAAAUAAAUAUUAUUCCACUGUUGCUUCCUCCUCAUCGAUUUUCCGAUAACAAAGUUGGUGCUUUUCAACACUGCAUCGCGAGCAGCGAGAGCUAGCUAGCGAGCCCAACAGCUGAUUCACACUGUAAUUGUGGUGGCGGCUCUAGCGAGACCAAGAGCGCAAAAAGAGAGAGAGAGAGCAUCCAAAACUACUACGUGUGACGUGGUGGGGGCAUACAGGUGGCAAAACAGCUGUUCCAACAGCAAAAGCAACACACAGGGGAAGCAACAAGAAAAUCGUAUUUACUAGAAAACUAUCCACUAUCCAAACGGAAGCAGAGAUUGAGAGAAAGAGAGAGGGAGAGAGUUAGAUUAACAGACACAUACAACACAAUCAGGCAAAAAAUCAACAACAACAACAUAAAUUCAAAAAUCCAAAGAGAGCGCUAAAGAGAGAGCAAGAGAGAGAGAGAGAGAGAUCCAGGCAGCUUCCUUCCGGACUUGAAACACUUCCAGGCCGUGUGCUUCCCCCCCCGUCCUUUUCCUUCCCAAAAAACCCCUUCCAGGCUAUCCAUAAACUGGCCACAACUAAAGAAGAAGAAGAAGAAGAAGAACAUCCGUAUAGAUCCUUCCAUCCAGAUCAUCAGUACGCUCCUCCUCCGCGGGUGUAUCUAUUGCGAUCUGAUCCUGAUUGGCGGGGCUAGGCUGUUGCGAGCACGUUAUGACCAAUUCGAUUGCGUCGACGAAAUGCCUGCCCAAUGCACUCUCGACCGGCAACUAUGGUAUGUCCCAGCGACACCGCUACACCGACGAUAGCAAGGAGUAUAUCAUUGUCAAGCUCACCGACUCGGCAUUUCGUGCCAUUGAGGAGUAUCAGCGGGAUGAUCAUGCCAAGCGACUACCGCCCGGUCAACGGGCUAAAAUCCAAUUUACCGGCAAUGAAGGUGUCAUCCAAUUCCCUCGAUCGUCAUCAGAUGCUAAUGGCCACCACAACAACCCUAGUACUAAUGGCAACGGUAACGGUAACGGCAACGGCAACUCUGGCAACGAUCCAGGACGCAAGUUCCUUUUUACCAUUAAUAACAUGGAGGGAACACUCGAAUGCGUCCAACAACAACAACAGAAUCUUGGUGUCCUUGGGGCAGUUACGUUCAGGAUGCGGAUACAUGCGAACGAUGAUGUCUAUGAUACGACAAGGACAAAAAUGGCCAUUGCCGAGGAGACGGAGAAGAGCAAGUGUAUUAGGGAGAUUAAGCCGAAUCAGUCGGAUAUUGGGCGUAAGGUGAAGAAGCCGCCAUCCAUGAUGAGUAGUAGCAACAACAACAACAACAACAAUAAUGCCUCAUCCUUUUCGUCCUUUAACUCUUCUUCUGCCAAUUCUGGUUCGAUGACGACGACGACGGCAUUUCAUCAUCACAACAACAACAACAACAACAGUGGGAUCAACAACAACAACAACAGCAGUAGCAAUAGUUUUAAUAACAACAACAACAACAACAACCAUAGUCGUAAGUUAGCUUCAUCGCCAUUUAAUGGUCUAGGCGUAGGAAUGGGUGGUGGCUCCAACUCCGCCACCAACUCUGCCUCCUCCUCCAUCAACUCCUCCUCGGCGGCGGCGGCGGCGUAUUCAUCGCGCUCCCCCAAUCCCAGCAUGCUGGGCGCCAGCGGCACAGUCAACGGCACUACUGGUGGUGGUGGUGGUCGAUAUCAUCAUCAAUACCAUGGUGGAGCUGGAGCAGGAGCAGCCUCUUCGCUGGCUUCCACCUUUGCCAGCGGGAUAUCCCAGGGAUACAACAUGAGCGGCAGCUCUCCGAGGGAUUCGGCGCAAGGACAAAUGAGUGGGGGGGCCAAUGGACGCAGCAGGAUGGCGAGCGGAGGAGGCAAUGCAACCGGAGCAUCGUCCAGGAGUGCCAACAACAAGUCCUCGGGCGGCAAUAAGAUGUCGGAGGUGUCGCGGCGGAACAUUAGAGAGCGACUGGUCCAUCUGCUGGCUUUGAAGGCCUUCAAGAAGCCGGAACUGUUCGCCCGGCUCAAGAACGAGGGGAUACGCGACCGGGAACGCAACCAGAUCACCAACAUACUCAUGGACAUCAGUACCAUGUCACACAACACGUACAAUCUGCGCCGCCAGAUGUGGAACGAUGUCGACGAGAACUGGCCCUUCUUCAGCGAACAGGAGCUCCAGCAGCUGAAGCGCCGCAAGCCCCAGAACCUGACGCCGCCGAUGAGCUCCGAUGCCGGCAGCUCCACCUCCGGCCAGAGUCCCACAUCGACGCACACGGGCAGUCCACCGCCACCCUCCUCGUCCAGCGGGGGCGGUGGCGUUGGUGGCGGUGGUGGUGGACCGGGUUCCGGCGCCGGCGGAGGAGCGGGAAUGAAACGUACCAGUUUGGAGUAUGACGAGACCAUGUUCAGCACUGUCCAGCCCAAGAAGCAGCGCAUCAGUCACUACAAGAAGGACACUCCGCCCUCGAGCACCUUCUACCCCGCCGUCUCAUCCGGGCUGGGAGUCUCGAACUCCUCCCGGAAUCGGUACACGCCUCCGCAACGGCAGCCAGGUCCGCUGGACGAUCACAGUACCGGGGAUCUCAGCUACAAUGUGCUGGACAACAUGGAGGAGUUCAUGAGCUCCACGGCGGCAGCGGCCACCCAGGCGACCGAGCAGCACCAGCAGCAGCAGCAGCAUCCGCCGCGGAGCAGCAGCAGUAGCGGCAGCAGCCGGCGGAGCAGCUCGUCGCUGGGGGGCAGCAGCAACAACGGGAGUGGGAACAAGGACAAGAGGAACUCCACGGGCAGCAACUCGAGCAGCUCCAGUGGCUAUGAGACCCAACAGGAACGGCAAAGGACCACGACCGCCGCCCGGAACAGCAAUUCCUCGCCACCGAAGCUGUCGUACAGCUUCGUUCCAGCCGCCGCUGCAUCAUCCUCCUCCUCCUCUUCCUCCUCCUCUGGCAAGCAGAGAUCCUCCCAGGCGACGGGGCAGCACAACGAGCACAGUUCGUACAACAGUAGUAGUGGCAGUCAUGUGGCCUCCAGCAGCAAGAAGCGGACGAGUAGCAGCAGUAGUCAGAGCAACGGAGUGAGUGGCCAGCGCCAGAAGAGUUCCAGUUACCAGCAGGUGCCGCCACCCUCCAGAUCCGCCUCCCAGCAUCAGCUACAACAACAGCAGCAACAACAACAUCAUCAGCAGCAGCAGCAACAGCAGCAACAACAACAACAACAAACGCAUCAACAACCGGGACAACGGGAGCACCACCACUACCAUCAUCAGCAGCAGGCAUCCAACAAGCAUCCAUCGCCGACACAACAGUUGGCGGCGGCGGCCCACGCCUACUCCCAUGCCACAUCGGAAGGGGACUCGGCCACGCCCCGGUACGACUUCAGCCAGUACGUGCCCAUCCAGACGCUGGAGGUGCGGCGGCGCUACAAGACUGAGUUCGAGAGCGACUACACCGAGUACUGUAAGCUGUUGACGCGGGUGGAGACGGUGCGGAAGCGGUUCCAGGAUCUGUCGGAGCGGCUGGAGGGCGCUCGGAGGCAUGAGAACGGGUAUGGGGACUAUGACCACAUCAAGCAGCAGAUCGUGAGCGAGUACGAGAGGAUCAACAGCGACCACACCAUCCAAGACGACAAGCAGCGCUUCGACUACCUGCACGCCAAGCUGGCCCACAUCAAGCAGCUGGUGAUGGACUACGACAAGACUUUGAUGAGUGCCACGAGUACCACGACGGGCACAGGAGCAGCGCCUCCAGUGGCAGCUCCAGCUCCAGCUCCAGAGCCGGUUCGGGAGCCAAAACCGAUAGUGAAGCACCAGCAGCAGCAGCAGCAGCGGAGGCAGCAUCAUGCGGUGGAGACGAUAGAACCCCAGCAGCGCCAGCAUCCAGAUCCGCCGCCACACUAUCUGCCACAGAAGCAGGAGGAGCAGCAGCAGCAGCAGCAGGAGAGCGACUCGGACGACAGCUCGGAUAGUUCGGACUCCAAUGAGGAGGACUCCAACGACGAGGACUGCGAGGACUCGCACUCCAAUAGCGAUGAGGAUGAGGAGCGCUACUGAGCUUGGACUGGAACUUGGACGACCCGCUGACACUCCCACGAUGUAAAAAAAAAAAGGAAACCGGAAACCGGAAGUACGGAAGCAACAACAACAACAACAAAACUAUGCUACAAAAAAGCCAACAAAAAAAAAAAACAACAAAAUUGUACUACAAAUUGCAAGCAAAAUAAGAAAAAUCCCUCAAAAAAAUGUUGAAAUUAUGUAUAAAAAAAAAACUAAAAAAAAAAAAACACAAAACAAAAACAAAAAAUACAAACUUUUUCGCGUAAAAAAUAAAUAAUUUUUUAUUAAAUUUAAAUACGACUGCGGCUAACCGGCGGCUGCUAUCAGAACUUCUAAAAAAUAAAAAAUAUAUUAUACAUUAUGUAUGUAAAUAUAUAAAGAUAAAAAAUAAAAAAUAAAAAACAAAAACUAUAAACGAGGAGCCAGAGGAAGAGGAAGAGGAGUCACCAGACGAGGAAGAAAAUUAAUAUUUUAAAAAACAAAAACAACCGAGAGAUGGCAUGAAAAAAAUAAAUAAAUAAAUAAAUACAAAAAAUAAAAUAAAAUGCGAAAAGAAAAAAAAUUUAUAUACCAAGUUGUAGACUUAAUUUUUUGUUGAGCAUAAAUAAUAAUUGUGCAGCUUAAAAAAUAAAAAAUAAAUGAGCGCAGGCAUAAGUAACUAAAAAAAAAACAACAAACAAACAAAAAAAUUAAAACAAGAAACACAUGUUUUUUUUCCUUGCGUUUUGUGUAAUAAUUAUUACUAUUAUUAUAUUAUUAUCAAUUUUUAAAUAUAGCAUGUAUGUUUUUCGUUUUUAAUCUAGACUCUUCUUAUUUUUAUUCUUUUGAUUUUUGUUAAAAAACAAAAAUACAAAAAACGGCAAACACUCACACAGACACACACCAAACACACACACACACACACACACACACCACAACACUCAUUGAUUGCAUUUUUGGGCAAAGCUUUUUGUUUUUUACAUUUUUCUUUGUGUAUAAAAAAAUAAUAAUAAUUAAAAACAAUUAACAAAAAAAAAACAAAAAGAAAUUAAAGAGAAUGAGAGAGAGAGAGAGAGAAUGAGAGAUAGAACUGCACACGUGCCUAGGUCCUGAAGGCCCGUCCUGUGGGUGGCUUGGGAGUGGGUGCGGGGGUGGGUGGUAGUGUUAACUGAUAACAGAUAACAGAUACUGAUAACUGAUAACUGAUAUUGAGCCAAUGUUUGCCUAGGGCCUGGGCCUACGAAGACCACUGUUUUGAGAUCACAACUAACAGAACAGACACAGAUACUUGGGGGCUACUUUUUGGAGAGUAUCUAGCAGAUACUAUAUCCUAGUAGUCCUUAAAUUAUAAUACUUGGAUGGUGUGUUGCAUGCGGGCGUGCCUCUAACAAUAGACUGAAAUUUUAAACGCGGCUUGUCUAGUAGAUCCUUUUAUUUUUAUCCCGUUUUUUAUCCACUUAUCCAUUAACUAGUUAAUUUUUGUUGACUUUUAACUCUUGUUUGUCCUUCGUGUACUGUCUUUUUUGUGUGUUAGUCUUUUAUUUUUUAUUUUUUUGGAUAAAAAAACAGAUUUAUUACAAGCUAUAUUGCUCAAAAUUAUAUCAGAUGGUUGUAUCAGAGAGCUAUAUUGGUUUUUAGGCUUUUCUUAUUUUUAUUAAAAUCAAGUGUUAUAUAAUAUAGAUAAAAAGCAGCAGCUUCCUUGACAAAAAAAUAAAAAAAUAAAAACAAAUCACAAAAGUCGCUUGAAAAAAUUAUUAAAUAAUUUGCUGAAACUCUAGUGUCCAAAAAAUAAAUAAAUAAUUACAAAAAAAUAUUAAAAAAAUAUAGUUCGAGAAUAAGAAUUAAACACGAAAUUGAUGAAGGAAAUUAAGAAAUUUUAGCUAUUUCGUUGCAAUAUUUUUUAUAUACGAUAUUUAAGUAGAGGGGUGGGUGGGGUGAAGAGGGGAGGGGUAACCAAACGAAAGGGAAAAUCAAAUGGAACAAUGAGAUCAAGUUGCAAAAAAUCAAGCGUUUAAAAUCGAUUCGUAGCAAUUACAACAA